UGAGAAGAUGAACAUCGGUUUAUAUUAUUUGUAUGUUUUUUUGAGGGUCAGUGAAGUUAGCUAGGUAAACCUCUGGGUUAUUUGAACAGACCUGUUGCGCUCACAGCGCUUGCUUGGUCGUUCCAAAGUCCGGAAGAUGGCGCUGCUAUAAAGAGAAGGGGGCCGUGGCUCUUUCAUCAAGAAUCGAAGAAGGAGUGGGAGCCGGAAAAAAAAGAAAGGAGGCCGACCCGACACAAAACAUAACGCACACUGAUAGCUGUAGCGGGUCCAUUAAUGGACGUAAAAUAAACAGAUAGCGAGCGAAUACGCUUGUUCACCGAAUUUAAUCCCGUUGAGAGCAGGUCAUGCUGUUCUCGCAAAGGUAAUGAGCCGUAAAGCCCUUGGGUUUCGGCUUAGCAGCGCCCACAAACUGCAGCGAGACUGGAAUGAUUGGCAGCCCAGAGGCGACAGUGUGUCAGCAGCUAGCCAGGACGGUGUGAAGCGCAUCGCCACCAGAGACCUGGGUCCAGCUGUAUACGACCCAACAGCAGUGGGAGUAGCAACCUCGGACCAGCCUGUCUCCCCACCUCUCCUACACAAUGAUGCCUUCCCAGCCACUGCAGACACUCUGGACGAAGGGGGAGGAUAUGAAGCUGCAGGAGGGUUCAGUGAUGAUACUUUUGGUUGGAAGUCGUUGGGGCAAGAGUUGAGGAUCAACGAUGCGACCGCCGAUUUGACCACUUUUCAGCAGCAUGGAAACCGUGCUUUAGCUUCUAAGGACAUGAGGAAAUCCCACGACAGAGGGAUGUCUCACUCUGAUGAGUCUCGCCUGUCCAACCUCCUGCGCCGUGUGUCCCGUGAGGAGGACAGGGACCGCCGGCUGACCUCCGUCAGACAGCUCCGGGAGUUCAUCACUCACUCUGACAACAAAGUGGCCCUGGUGAAACAGUUGGAUACGAUCCUCAGUACCCUGAAUGAUAUUUUGAAUGAAAGCAGUAAGCUGCUGUCGGAGCUUCGUCAGGAGGCAGCGGUGUGUCUGGGCCUGCUGUGCACCGCUCUGAGCUAUGAAGCAGAGCGCAUCUUCAAGUGGAUGUUUGUCAAGUUCAGCUCCAGCACCCGGGACGAGGUCAAGCUUCUCUACCUGGUGGCAGCGUACCGAGCCCUGGAGGCAGCUGGAGAGAGGAAGGCCUUCUCACCUGUCAUGCAGCUGGUCAUGAGUAGCCUGCAGUCCAUUUUGGAGAACCUGGACACGCCGGAGCUGCUGUGUCAGAGCGUCCGCUGCAUCCUGCAGGUGGCCCGCUGCUACCCACACGUCUUCAGCACCAACUUCAGAGAUACGGUGGAUAUCUUGGUGGGCUGGCACAUCGACCACACACAGAAACAGUCUCUGACUCAACAGGUCUCAGGCUGGCUGCAGAGCCUGGAGCAGUUCUGGGUAGCAGACCUGACCUUCUCCACCACGCUGCUGGGGCAGUUUCUAGAGGACAUGGAGGCCUACGCAGAGGACUUGGGUCACGUGGGUUCUGGAGAGGCGGUAGACGAGGACGUCCCUCCCCCCACGGUGUCUCUGCCCAAACUGGCCGCCCUGCUGAGAGUGUUCAGCACCGUGGUGCGCUGCAUCGGACAGCGCUUCAACCCCAUCAGGGGACCGCCCAUCACACAGGCAUACGUCUCUGAUGUUCUGAACCGGGUGCUGGCGUGUGUGUCGACGGCCAAGCAGGUGUUGUUCUCUGAGCCGGUUUUGACGGCGGGGAACGAGUGUGUGUGUGUCCUGCUGGUGAGCUUGGAGCCGUCCGCACGGCUGACCGACGCUGUCAUCACCUACGGCCUGGACCAGCUGGACGCCUGCCGGGCCUGUGGCCCAGAGUACAGCCUGGCUGUCCUAAGCCUCAUCACAUUGAUCGUGGACCAGAUCAACACUAAGCUUCCAGCCUGGUUUGUGGAGAAGCUGCUGGCACCGACGUCACAGCUCCUGGAGCUACGCUUCAACAGGGACAGAGAGGUGAUGUCAGCAGCCCUGGGUGUGUACCAGUCCGUUUUGAGCCUAAAGAACAUUCCCAUUCUGGAAGCAGCUUAUAAACUGGUUCUGGGAGAGAUGGCCUGUGCCCUGUCCAGUCUGCUGGCCCCCCUGGACCUCCCCCCAACCCCCUUCCCCGGCAUCCAGCACCCUGUCUUCGCCCCCCUCACCCUCACCCCUGAGAGGGCAGAGUUCACCCUCAUCUUCAACCUGUCAGCCCUCACCACCAUCGGCAACACCAAGAACUCACUCAUAGGGAUGUGGGCUCUGUCUCCGACGGUGUUUGCGUUGUUGAGUCAGAACCUGAUGUUGGUCCACUCUGACCUGGCCGUCUACCACCCUGCCGUACAAUACACUGUGUUAUACACCCUAUACUCACACUGUACCAGACAUGACCACUUCAUCUCGUCCAGCCUGUCCUCCUCCUCCCCCUCUCUCUUUGACGGCGCGGUCAUCAGCACAGUAACCACGGCAACCAGGAAACACUUCAGCACUCUGCUGUCCCUGCUGGGGACCCUGCUGAGGAAGGAGCACCUCUACACUGAGGCCAGGAAGCUGUUGUUGACGUGGUCUCUGGAGAUGUGUCUGAUGAUGAAGAAGUCUGAUACCUACACCCCUCUCUUCUCCCUGCCCUCCUUCCACAAGUUCUGCAAGGGUCUGCUCCACAACGCCCUGAAUGAGGACCCAGUCAUCUGCCUCCAGACCUGCAACAGCCUACAAGUCCUCUCCUCCUCACUCAACACAGAGCUGCUGCAGAGGUGUGUGGAUGUGUGUCGUGUCCAGCUGGUGCACUCUGCGGUGAGGGUGAGGCAGGCGUACGGCAAGCUGCUGAGGACAAUCCCUCUGGACGUGACGCUCAGUAACCACAGCCACCCAGAGAUAGAGGAGAUCUCCCUGGUGGUCCGUCGCCACAUGAACCACCCCCCCAGCAGCACCUUUCACCCCCAGGACUUCAGUGACCUCAUCAGCUUCAUCCUGUACGGCAGCCUGCAUCGUGGAGGUAAAGAGCCGUGGCUGGAGCGUCUGUACCACAGCUGUCAGCGUCUGGAGAAGCGUGAGGGUGGUGGUGGCUCAUCAGGUGGUGAAGGGGGGGUGUGUGGCUCCGGCCCGGGUGGGAGUGCGUGUGUACCACGGGGUCUGCUGAAGACGGAGGCGGUGCUGUGGCAGUGGGCGGUGUGGGAGGCAGCUCAGUUCACCGUGUUGUCUAAACUCCGCACCCCGCUGGGACGGGCACAGGACACCUUCCAGACCAUAGAGGGUAUGAUCCGCAGCCUGGCGGCCCACAGUAUGAACACGGAACAGGAGCUUAGCCAAUGGAGCGCCGGCGACACGGACGACGGUCACCAUAGCAACCAGCUGCGUCUGGCGCUGCUCUUGCAGUUCCUGGAAAACCUGGAGAAACUGAUGUACAACGCCUACGAGGGCUGUGCCAACGCUCUGACCGCACCGCCCAAGGGUAUCAGAACAUUCUUCUAUACCAACCGUCAGACCUGCCAGGAUUGGCUGACUCGUAUCCGCCUGGCCCUGAUGAGGGUGGGGCUUCUGUCCGGCCAACCAGCAGUCACCGUCCGCCACGGCUUCGACCUGCUCACUGAGAUCAAGAACAGCAGCACUCCGGGUCCAGAGUUGGAGGCUCCUCUGGUGAUGCUGGUGGAGGCUCUGUGUGAACUUCACUGUCCUGAGGCUAUCCAGGGUUUGGCUGCCUGGAGUCUCACCAACACUGGCAAGAGUCUGGCUUGGGUCAGCUCUGUGGCACUGCAGGCAGAGGGCCGGUUUGAGAAGGCUGCAGUGGAGUACCAGGAACAGCUGUGUGCCGUGACCGGGAUGGACUGUUCCAUUAAGGGCUUCGACCGCUCACUCCUCAAACUGGCCGGAGCCAACAGCUCCAACACAGCCAGCCCCAAACACACCGGCAACGGUGACGGCAGGAAGACGGUUCUCCUCAAGUCCAGCGAGUGUUCCUCCGAGGUGCUCAACCUCCUUGCCAAUAAGGCGUGCCAGUGCUAUGUGGCCCUCUGUGAUUGGUCCUCGGUGCAGGAGUGGCAGGCCAGCGUGCACGCCCUCAAGAAGAACCCUGGUAACCCUGUCGCAGCGAGCGUGCACCUGAAGACAGACUUCAACUACGUGCGGGCGCUGAGCUGCUUCGAGGACGGAGACUUCCCAGCAUGCCGUGCUCAGCUGGAGCUCCUGGCUGGGGAGAGAGACGACUAUGGCCUGCUCAACUCCACCUCUACUGGCUCCAAGGACAAACUAGACCUGAAGCGUCUCCUCCCGGCAGUGUUGAGCCCGGACCCCUCAGAACUGCAGAAGGCCAUCGAGGUGCAGCUGCUGCGGAGCGCCGUGGCCGCCAUGACAACGGCCAAUCAAGAGCAGGAACCAAAGACCAUGGCCAACUCAGAUACCCUGGUCCGUUACCUGAAGCAGACGGGUCGGAUCUCUCUGGGUCCCCUCCGCCUCUCCACCCUCACCCUCUCUGACGGCCUGCCCACCCUCGCCACCCUGCAGUUAUACUGCUGCUCCGCCCUGGAGAACACACUCAGCGGACAGGAGGACUGUCUGAUCCCCCUGUACAGUGAAGCGCUCAGCACCUGUAAACAACAGGAUGUCCAGCCGUGGCUCCACGCGCUGAGAUACACCAUCUACCAGAGACAACUACUGCUCAAGCUCAAAGGCUCCUCUGCUCCGCUGGACAGCCACCUGAUGGAACUGUGUCUGACGGCCGUCAAGUUCGCCCGGAAACAGGGCAACAUCGCCCUGGCAACGCGGCUGCUGGGCCAGUGCAGCGAGGAGGAGGAGGGAGGAGAGGAUGGGUUGAGCCGUGCGUUUAGGCGUCUGACACUAGAGGGAGUUGUGGGGGAGAAGUGGGGACCUGAACUACAGAUCGAGAAGGCGAAAGUACUCUGCACUGCGGGUCAGUCCAUGGCAGCCAUGGAGAUGUUGAGUUCUUAUGCUGUGUCUUACUGUCGCUCAGGGAAGUGUGAGCGCGCCGCCUGUCGCUCCGUCCUCACUCUGUGUAAGUGGCUGCUGGCGGACUGGAAGGACAUGACCCCUCAGCUCAAACAGGUGGUGAAGAGGUCAGGGGUCGCUGUCUUGCCCCCUCUCAGCCGGAACAUCACAGCCCUGCUGGAGCUACCCCUAGAGGAUCAGGGCAUGCCCCGAAUCACAGCUGAGACCACAGUGAGUGUGGGUGUAGGAGAACCAGACUUGAUCCUUGGGCAGCUCUACCAGUUGUCCACCAGUCAGGCCCCGGAGGUGGCCAAGUCCUGGGCGGCUCUCGCCAGCUGGGCCUAUCGCUGGGGACGGAAGGUGGUUGACAACGCCAGUCAAGGUGAAGGUGUGCCUCUGCUCCCGGGAGAGAAGGAGGAGAUCGAGGAGCUUCUCCCAGAAUGCACCAGUGAGGAGGACAAGGAGACCAUCUUCAGCAUCCUGGGUCAGGCCAUGUGUCGACCCGCCGGAAUACAGGAUGAGGACAUGGCCCUGCAACAGGAGGAAGAUGAGGAGGAUGACAUGGUGGAUGUGAUCUGGAGGCAGCUGCUGUCUGCCUGUCCCUGGCUGGAGGAGCAGGGGGAGGUGGAGGGGGUCCAGGGUGGGGGUAGUGGGGUGAUGGAGGGUCUGAUCCGGGUCUGGAGGAGGGUGGUGGACCGGAUCUUCAGCCUCUACAGGGUCUCCUGCAGGGCCUACUUCACCUUCCUCAAACUCAACGCUGGACAGGUACCCAUCGAUGAGGAUGACCCCAAGCUGCUGCUGACCAAUCAGAACAGCAAGCAGAGCAACGAUGACAUCAUCGUCAUGGCGACGCUGCGGUUGCUACGGCUGCUGGUGAAGCACGCCGGGGAGCUGAGGGAGGGGCUUGAGCUUGGCCUCGCCUCUACCCCCACCGUCCCCUGGAGAGGCAUCAUCCCCCAGCUGUUCUCUCGUCUGAACCACCCAGAGGCUUACAUCAGACAGAGCAUCUGUAGUCUGCUGUGCCGCGUUGCCCAGGACUCACCACACCUCAUCCUGUACCCUGCUAUAGUAGGAUCACUGUCUCUGGGAGGAGACGCACAGCACGCAGGUAACAAGCUCCCAGCGGCCCUGCCCACCUUCCUGGGCGGCAUGCAGGGGGAGGGGCUGUGUGAGGAAGGGGAGGGGGCACUGGGCAGUAACCCCGCCUCCCAGGAGGAAGAUGGGCGGGGCGAGGAGUUUCCUGCACUGUGUUCCAGCCAGGACCAGGCCAUGAUGCAUGACUGCUACAGCAAGAUAGUGGACAAGCUGUCUGCAGCCAACCCCACUAUGGUGUUACAGGUGCAGAUGCUGGUGGGAGAGCUGCGCCGCGUGACACUGCUGUGGGAUGAGUUGUGGCUGGGGGUCCUGCAGCAGCAACACAUGCACGUCCUGCGCAGGAUACAGCAGCUGGAGGACGAGGUCAAGAGAGUGCAGAACAACAACACACUACGCAAGGAGGAGAAGGUAGCCAUCAUGCGUGAGAAGCACUCCGCUCUGAUGCGUCCCGUGGUGUUCGCGCUGGACCAUGUGAGGAGCAUCACCACCACGCCCGCCGAGACCCCCCACGAGACCUGGUUCCAGCAGACCUACGGGGACCCCAUCACCUCAGCCCUGGGGAGACUGAAGAGCCCUCCCAACCCGGCCAACCCGGCCAGCAGCUGGGUCCCAUUCAAACAGAUCAUGCUGAGUCUUCAGCAGAGGGCUCAGAAGAGGACCAGCUAUCUGCUACGUCUGGACCAGAUCAGCCCCCGCCUGGCUGCCAUGGCGACCACAGAGAUGGCGUUGCCGGGCGAGGUGUCGGCGACGGACGCGUUGACCAUCCAGAGUGUUGGUAACACCAUCACCAUCCUGCCAACCAAGACCAAGCCCAAGAAACUACACUUCCUGGGCUCCGACGGACGCAACUACCCUUACCUCUUCAAAGGUCUGGAGGACCUCCACCUAGAUGAGAGAAUCAUGCAGUUCCUUUCCAUAGUCAACACAAUGUUCACCAAGGUGAACCAACAGGAGCGCCCCCACUUCCACGCCCGCCACUACUCCGUCACCCCGCUGGGGACGCGCUCAGGUCUCAUCCAGUGGGUGGAUGGCGCCACGCCGCUGUUUGGCCUCUACAAGCGUUGGCAGCAGAGAGAGGCCGUGCUGCAGGCCCAGAAGGCCCAGGAUUCGUUCCAGCAGCAGCCCCAGCCCCUCCCUCUGGUCCCACGGCCCAGUGAGCUCUACUACAGCAAGAUAGGCCCCGCCCUGAAGGGGGUGGGGCUCAGCCUGGACGUUUCGCGGCGCGAUUGGCCGCUCAGCGUGAUGAGGGAGGUACUUAAGGAGCUGAUGGCGUCCACGCCCCCUAACCUGCUGGCCAAGGAGCUGUGGUGCUCUUGUACCACGCCUAGCGAGUGGUGGAGGGUCACACAGUCCUACGCCAGGUCCACUGCUGUGAUGUCUAUGGUGGGCUACAUUAUUGGCCUCGGCGACCGUCACCUUGACAAUGUGCUGAUUGACAUGACAACUGGAGAGGUGGUGCACAUUGACUACAACGUCUGCUUUGAGAAAGGGAAGAGCCUGCGUGUACCAGAGAAAGUUCCGUUCCGUAUGACCCACAACAUAGAGACGGCCCUGGGAGUGACUGGGGUGGAGGGCAUCUUCAGACUCUCCUGUGAACAGGUGGUUCAGAUGAUGCGUCGUGGGCGGGAGACGCUGCUGACCCUGCUGGAGGCGUUUGUUUACGACCCACUGGUGGACUGGACGGCCGGGGGGGAGGUGGGCUUCGCCGGGGCCGUGUACGGAGGGGGGGGGCAGCAGGCAGAGAACAAGCAGAGCAAGAGAGAGAUGGAGAGAGACAUCACACGUUCCCUGUUCUCCUCCCGCGUCGCUGAGAUCAAGGUGAACUGGUUUAAGAACCGUGAGGAGAUGUUGGGCGUCCUGCCCCAGGUGGAGGGGGCGGUGGAAGAGUACAUCACCCUGCAGAAGCUGCUCUCUCAGGGGGAGAAGACGACCACCAAGAUCCUGGAGGAGAUGAGCUUCCUGGAGGGGGCCGAGAGCUGCUCAGACCACCUCAUACUUACCCUGGAACACAGGUACUCUGAGCACACCCAGCUAGCAUCUCGUCAGCGUACGGUCCAGGAGUUGAUCCAGGGGAAGCAGGGGGACCUGGACCAGUGGAUGUCCCAGUACCAAGCAGCCUUCAGCAGCCUGGAGGCCACACAGCUAGCCAGUCUGCUGCAGGACAUCAGCAGUCCUAUAGACCUGGGCCCUCCCAGCUACGUCCCGGCCACAGCCUUCCUGCAGAACGCCGGCCAGGCCCACCUAAUCAGCCAGUGCGAGGGCCUGGAGGCUGAGGUGGGAACCCUGCUGCAGCAGCGCCGUGGGGCCCUGCGAGGCUGUCUGGAGCAGCUGCACAGCUAUGCCACUGUGGCCCUGCUGUACCCGCGGGCCGUGCUGCUGCGCCACAGGGCCCACCUCUGGAAACAGUGGCUGGAAGAGCUGCUCUGUGACAUGACUGUUGACCACUGCCAGCAGAUAUACAGACAGUAUGAGGUCCAGUUUGCCCCCCAGCCCCCCCUUGCAUCGUGCCAGUUCCUGUCCAGUGUUGAGCUGGCCUUGCAGCACCAGGCGUCAGAGACCAACACGCGUGUUCUGCGCCAGGCGGAGCGCGUCAAGGCCGAGGGCGCCACGGUACAUGCGUGUGAAGAACAGCUUCAGGAGAUAGAGCGUUGCAUCAAUGUGUUCCUCCUGGAGAAUCCAGAGCAGGGCUCUCUCAGCCUGGCCACUAUCAUCUCAUCAGCCCUCUGCGCCCUCACCAGGCGUAACCUGGUGAUGGAAGGAGCGGCGGCAGCGGCGGGGGGGCAGCUGGUAGAGUUGACGUCUCGUGACGGGGCCUGGUUCCUGGAGGAGCUGUGUUCUAUGAGCGGUAACAUCACCUCAUUGGUUCAGCUGCUGGGGCAGUGUCAGCUCUUCCCACACGAUCUGGACCUGCCCUCGCCGCAGGAGACCGCCCAGACCGUCUACCUGGCCAAUGCCGUCUACACCUGUCUACAGGAGUUGAACACUAACUUCCGUCAGAUCAUCUUCCCGGAGGCUCUGCGCUGCAUGUUGAAGGGAGAGGCGACCCUAGAGACCAUGCUGUCUGAGCUGGACCUCUUAGUGGAGCAGUGUGCAGACGGGGUCUCCCUGCAGGGGCUGGCCGACGCCCUGCACACACACCUCCGCAGCGCCGCCAUGGGCCUGGAGCACGAGGCAGACACACACUGUCUCCACAUCACCAGGAUGUUGCGGGCCCAGUACUCUCAGCUGAUGCAGCCUCCAGGGGGCAGUGUGGACUCAGCAGGACAGGACUCUCCUAAGAUGUCUGCCGGUCAGAUGCUGCUGGUGGCCUUCGAUGGCAUGUUUGCUCAGCUCGAGACCGCCUUCGGGCAGCUCACAGAGAAGAUGAUUUCUAUGGAGGUGCCACCGGCGUGGCGGAAGGUAGAUGUGAUGCGUGAGGCGCGGGCUGCCCAGGUGCAUUUCUUCCACAGCGGUCCUCACAGACAUGUUCUGGAAGAGAUCUUCUUCCUCAAGAGGCUCCAGACCAUCAGGGAGUUCUUCAGGCUCUGUGGAUCCUUCGCUCAGACACUCUCUGGUACGUGCCCCCCAGCGGCUGAGGACCCACCUCCCUCCAACGGCCCUGUAGCGUUAGGGGUUCCGGCGGGUGUAGGUCUACAGGGGAAGUUCCGGGGGUCGUCGGGCGCGGCGGUGGUAGUGAGCGAAGAGCAGAUGACCCGGCCCAUCAAGGCGUUCACAGCAGAGUUUGUCCGUCAGAUGCUGAUGGGUCUUCCCACCCAGACCCUGGGUCUGGCUCUCUGCAGCACCCUGUCUGCCCUGGGUCUGGACCUUACGGCACAGGUGGAGGCCAAGGACUUUGGAGCCGACGGCAAGGUGUCGUUAGAUGAGUUGUGUAAGCAGACGGUGGUGCAGGGUCUGGGUGCAGGGCGUCUGUCACUGCUACUGAACAGAGGUGCAUGCUGGCGUCAUCCUAACGACACGGCCUGGAAGAAACUGGACCUACUCAGACGCUUGGAGGCCAGCCUCGACGCUGCCAAGGUCUCCCUGCAACGCUUACCCAGCUACACCUCUGUAUUCCAGUGGCAGCAUGAGGACGUGAUAGGUCCUAGGACCCAGCCAAUGAGUGUGAGCCCUCCUCGCGCCAUCAUCCUCAGUAGUAUGAAGAAGAAGCUUUAUCCUUUUAAUGAAUGUGUAGCUGUUUCUUUAAUGAAUCUCUCCUCUCCCCGCCUGCAGGAGAAGCUGGCAUCACUAGAGGGCAGUAUAGAGCAGCGUCUGAAGUGGGCCGGCGGGGCCAACCCUGCCCUGGCCCCGGUUCUCCAGGACUUUGAUCAGACCAUCGCAGAGCGCCGUGCCCUAGUGGCCCGGGAGAGCCAGCGCACCAGCCAGGUGACGUUCCUGUGCAGUACCAUACUGAACUUUGAGGGUCUGCGGACGCGGACCUCCGAGGCCCUGAGCAUGGACUCCACUCUGUUUGAGUUGCUGAAGAGGUGCCAGCAGACCUGCUCCUACGCUGCCCAGUUCAACACCUCCAUCUCCCCCAUAGAGCUACAGCUGCUCCACAGACUGAGCCCGGCGUUGGAGCUGCCCAUCGGCAGCCCUGAUUGGCUGGCCUGUGCCCAGAAGCAGCUGGGUCAGGAGCUGGCUACCCAGGGGGCUGUGCAAGAGGAGCGCGAGCAGCAGCUGGACGUCGCCACGGAAACACUGCAGCUAUUGGUGGACAGCAUCAAGGGCAUCCUGUCCAAUCACAACCGCCACCUGGCUGACGUCAAACACCUGCUGAAGGCCAUGGCCAAGGACGAGGAGAACGCGCUGGCAGAGGGGGAGGAAGUGACCUACGAGGGCAGCGUGCGCCAGUUCCUGUCGGAGUACAAGGCGUGGCAGGACAACGUGCAGAUCGUGCUGUUCACUGUCGUCCAGGCAACGGGCCAGCCUCGAGGAGGAGGAUCCAGUCAGGAGGGGGUGGAGCUACUGCAGGAGAUACCUGCUACCCUGAAGGAACUACUCACACAGAGUACCAGUGUGUAUAACGGCCUGGUUGGCUUUGCGUCUCCGUUGGUGACAGAGAGGGGCGGAGACUGUUCCAGCCCCACCUCUACAGCUCAGACCAGCUUCGCUGCAGCGGUGAAGUGCAGCGGUGUGAAGACUCAGACGGACUCAAUGUCCCAGAAUUCACGCAAGCUCCUCCCCCGUAACCUUGGCACCCCGGCGGACACCCCCCCUUGCGCUCAGACGAUGACCAGCAAGGGUCUGAAUCCCAGCCCCAAGCGGUCUGUACGUGACCCCAAGACGGGACGAGCUCUGUCAGAGAGAGGAACUGUCGCGGUGAGCGUGUGGAAGAGGGUGAAAGCCAAGCUGGAGGGGAGAGACGUGGACCCCAACAGGAGGAUGAGUGUCUCUGAGCAGGUGGACUGUGUGAUAAAGGAGGCCACCAACAUGGACAAUCUGUCCCAGCUCUACGAGGGUUGGACAGCCUGGGUGUGAACGGUGUCUCCCUGUGGUGCAUCUCUUUGGUUCCAGCACACAACCGAGCCUCGCAGUGGGAGGGUUAGACAUCCAACCGAACCUCCAGACCAGACACCCAGAUACCCUGUUACCCACCUGCCCUGUUCUGGCAGGGUUAGGGUUAGGCGUGUCUGUCUGGGCCUGGGGGGGGGGGCGAAGGAAGGAGGGGG